AUGUCGCAGCACCUCUAUAAGCGGCAAGAGAAACUGAGGCUCUACCGUGUCCUGAUUAAAGGGGCCAGUCGCUUUCCACUACGUUCCCGCCGGGAGAUGGUCACAGAGGAGGUUCGUAGUAGUUUUAGACACCCUCUCAACGACACAUUGACGAAGGAGGAAGUGGACUAUAAGUUGGUUCUUGGGUGGGAGCGAGCUGCCGCCAUUCAGACGUACGCGCAGAACAUGUACUGGUUCCAUUCCCGGGAUGAGGUGUCGAAGGAAAUGUUGCAUCAUUCACUCGAGCGUGAUCGCAAACGCAUUGAGGAGAUGGCGAGNUUCCAUUCCCGGGAUGAGGUGUCGAAGGAAAUGUUGCAUCAUUCACUCGAGCGUGAUCGCAAACGCAUUGAGGAGAUGGCGAGGUGCAAUGCCGUGGGGGCUGCACAGAAGAAGACGCCCGAGGUGACGGAAUUUAAAUCCUCCAUGUACCACAUACACCCAGAUUACCACAAUAAGAUUGGUCAGAAACCGUUGACUCACAGCCGUGAUAUAUGGAGGGCGCGUGGGCAAUACGGUUCUGACGUUGGCGGGCCUCGGCAGAAGUUCUACGUGCGCCGCUUCAAGGCUCUGUUUCCGCAAGGUUGGUGA